AUGGCAUCUACAGUUCGUCACAUCACCCAAAUUUCACGUCGUUGCAUACCGGCCAUCUCUCCCCGCCUGUAUCACACCUCCACCACUCUUCGGCUCCCCUACAAAGACUCUCAAGACCGCGAAUCCCUCAAGCCGAGCUCCAACAACGGCACGAGGUCGGCUCGAGACGACGAUGUCGCGGACAACAAGGACGCCGCGUUCAAUCCCCACAAGACGGAUCCGGAGACGGAGCUUGAGACGGCUGGCCGGGGGAAUGAGACGAACCCGCUGAGCGCGAGCGGCGCGAACCAAGAAUUUAAUAAGCCCAUGGGAGACGGAAAGGAAGCGCAUGAUACCGGGCCUGGGAAGGAAACUAGGAAAGGAGGGAGGAGUGGAGGAGGGAGCGCGCCGAAGAAGGGGAAGCCGCCGAAAGGAGACUCGUAA